UUAAGGUGUUCGAUAUAUUAAUUCUUCUAUCGAAGUCGAAGAGUUUGUAAAUUUCUCAUAAUUAAUUCAAAUGCCUCCUUCUUCAGGCGAAUUAUGGGGUAGUUAUAUGAUGCCUCCAACUAUAGAUGUUAUAUUUUUUCUCCCUAAUGGUUUCACAGUUGAAAAAUGUUGUGCAAGAGAGGAUACUCUACAUGCUCUUAAGUUAUCUGUUUUGAAAGUUGCACAGGAUUUACCUCUAUACAAUAUUCUCAAAGAAAUGUGUAAAUUUAAAGAUGAAUUAAAACCAGAUGAGUUUAUUUUUACUGGCCAAACUCAAGAUGGUGUUAAAGAAGAAUUUUAUGAUGAAAAUAGAAGACUCUGUGAUUUAAAAUUAUUUAUGCCAAUAUUAGAAUUAAUACUUAACCCUAAUCAGAUUUAUCCACCAAUUAAUUUAGAUGGUCAAAAUAAAUCUAAAAUUGUAUGUAAAGAUAAAAUAGAUAGCUCUAGUCCUCUUAUACUUUUAGCAGAUGCUAACAACUCAGAUUUGUUAAAUAAUAAAAGGCUAAUUAUCUAUGACUAUCAAUUAGCUCUUGUAAUGGGGUUUCCAGUAUCAAAAUUGGACAAGCUUAAAGAUCCAGAUAUACCAGAAUACCGAUGGAAUAUUUUGAACUAUUGCAAGGAUGUAGCUAAGUAUAGGGAUUCUAGGGGACUUUAUUAUUCAGCUCUUUACAUCUAUCCUCCUGACUACACAGAAGAGAAAUCUAUACCAGCAUACUUGAGAAAAUAUUUGGAUGACAAAGAAAACUUGAUAAUAUGCGUGUGGGUCCUAUCUCCCCAUGGGGAACGGCAAAAAUUUACAGUGAAAGUUCAUUAUUCCCGUCGCCCCGAUGACGUCAUAGAGACCGUGGCGCGUAAGGCGCGGGGUGGAAAAAAUUCCUCGCGUCGAGGCGCUUUUGAAAUAGCGCGGUGUGUCGCCAACUACCGACGUGGAUGUACUCUCAAAGUGUGCGGUCGUGAGGAAUACCUGCUUAAAACUGAUAUUCCACUUUGGAGAUACAGGUAUAUAAAAGAAUGUCUCUCUAAUGGAACGAUUCCUCAGUUAAUGCUCAUGUCCAAACAAGGCAUAUACUCCACGCUGACCUAUUUAAACUCGUCCUCUAAUUCGUUCACCUCCCAAGCAUUAUCGUCCCCAAACAUCGUUAAUACCAUUUCAAGCCUCGACCACACAGACCCCGAUUCAUUGGGGUUAUCUGAAUCAUCCAGACUUACUUGUGAAGACUUUAUCAUGCCAUCAACCCUUACCGAGUCUCUGGCCAAUAGAAUGGAAAGCGCAACCUAUAAUGUCCAUCAUUCUAAUUUAAGAUCAGACAGUCUAAGUUCAAACAUUUCUUCGAAUUCUUCUAAUGCAAAUUGCAAUUGCCGCCAAUGCAACUCGACACUUAACGAUAUUGACGAGAUCGUGACCUGUAAUGAAAAUACUAAUAGAGUCGAAUGUAGGGACCUCACCAAAGAAUACAACAAGGCCAGUUUAACUAAUGUGCUUGACUGUUACUUAAUUCACACCGAUAAAAAUUAUUAUCCCCUCCCUACAAUCAAAUCUUCGAGUUCUAUAUCGAGUGCAAAUUUUAAUCUAAACAAGUCCAAUAAUCCUAGUGCAUCAACGACGAUCACAGGAGGAAAUUCAGUUAAUCUUACAGGCUUUAAAAACGAAUCGGGCUUAGAUGAACCAGAUAUUUUACAAAGUUUUCCUAUACCUAAAGCAUCAUCCUUUUCAAUCAAUUGUAAGCGAUAUCUGCUCAACAACACUUACAAGUUUACCUCGGUGUGGCAGGUAGAAAAACCUUUCAGAUUUAAGAUGUUGGGAGCCUCGUUCAUCAACGUUAAAGACGCCGAUAAGAUAUGCGUGAAAGCUGGACUUUUUUCGGGUCCUGAUCAAAUAUGCCCUCUUGUAGAGAGUAGUUUAUAUAAUAUUAACGAUCCUUCCGCGUUAGCUUGGAACGAAUGGAUCAAAUUUUCUAUCACUUUACCCCAUUUACCUAGGAAUGCCGAGCUCCGGAUAGCCCUUUGUUACGGAACUGCAGGCGUAAAUGUCAAUAUUAACGUCGGCGAUAGGCAAAGAAAAAAAAUCAAACGAGAAAAAUGUUGCUUGGCCUGGAUCAAUGUAAGUCUUUUUGAUUUUAACGGAUACCUCAUAAGCGGCAAAAAGAGCUUGCACCUCAAUCAAACUCCUCCGACUUUCCUAUCUAAUUUGGAUCGAGAUUAUCCUUUAAACCCACUGGGUCUUUUAGGAGAUAAUCCUAACCGUGAUGGCCCUAUACUCAAAAUCGAAUUUGAACGUUUUGAAAACGCCAACUUUCCUACUCUAGAACAGAUUCAUUCAUUCGCCCACUUUGUCAGAACUUUGAAAACUGAUAUCAAAGAGAACGCUAUGGAAACGGAAUUAAUCACUGGAGUAGACCAAUUGCGAGAUUUGGAAAACGAAUUAAUCAAACUCAAAUCCAUCAUAGAAUCGUAUGAAAUGAUGAACCAAUUGACCGAGCAAGACAAAGAAUUCGUGUGGAACAUUAGAGAUAAGGCGCAUCUUAUUCCAGACUCCUUGGUUGUCCUGAUCAAAUCGGUUAGAUGGAAUAAUAGGGAAGAAGUUGCGCAUCUCUACCUUCUUCUCAAAACUUGGCCCAACUUAACUUUGGAAAAAGCGCUCCAGUUGUUAGAGCCUAAUAGCUACCCCGACAUUUAUAUCCGAGAAUUCGCUGUAAGACAAUUGGAUCACCUAUUAAAUGACGAUGAACAUUUGAGUCAGUUUCUUAUGCCUUUGGUCCAGGUGCUGAAAUACGAACAUUAUAUAGAUAACGCUCUCGCGCGCUUUUUGCUCAAAAGAUCGUUGAUGAAUGUCAAAUUGGGUAACGCCUUUUUUUGGAUUUUACGAUCGGAUUAUCAGUAUUCAUCCCAAAGCAUUUCCCAUUACGCUUUAUUAUUAGAAGCUUAUUGCAGAGCCUGUGGAUCUUACCAAUUGAAAUCGCUCAUAAAACAGGUGGAAGCGUCCGAAAAGUUAGGCAAUUUGUCUGAGACCAUCAAGUCUAGGGAUGAUCUCAAUCCUAAAGAAAAAUUGAAAUUUUUUCGGCAUCAAUUGAGGCAGCCAGACUUUCAAGAAGCCUUGCAAAAUUUACCCUCUCCUAUUGACAAUAGUUAUAUUCUCGGCGAACUAAUCGUUGACGAAUGCAAGAUAUUAUCAUCUGCCAAAAAGCCAUUUUGGUUAGUUUGGACAAACCCGGACCCUUUACUGAACUCAGAUUCAUCCUCGAUUCAUUCACUUAUAGCGUCUCAUUCCCCUUCUGAUUUUGCCAAUCCUAUAAUUGAUAUCAAUAAGGCUGGCACUCCACCCCGUCUAAAUAAAAAACAAAAAAAUUCGCCUAACUCUUCUCCCACUGGAAGUUAUGAUGGUUCGCCUUUAAUGGAUAAUCAACCGACUGACGUUGGUUCUUUGAGAUUGCAUAAUAAAAUAAACCGUUACACUAACCUGCCAGAAGCUUCUGUGGGAUUUAGAGAAUUGAUUUUCAAAUCUGGAGACGAUUUAAGACAAGAUAUGCUAACCCUCCAAACCUUAAAGGUUAUGGAUUGGGUGUGGAAACUCGAAGAAGAUCAAGCAUCUAUAUCUAGAAAUGUCGAAUCCGAAGACAAUUUAGCUUUAGACACCCAGGGUCUCGAUUUAAAACUCCUACCAUACGGUUGCCGUCAGACCGGUCCUGGUCGGGGUUUUAUACAAGUUGUGCCAAAAUCUUUGACUAUCAUGGCCGUUAUCGGUCAUCUGAUGACACACCAUCAGACUUCACACUCUUCGGUUCCCUCUCAUAGCAGCGGGUCUUUUGGAGAAGAAAGUAUAAGAGGAAGCAUAUCGUCCGCCCUUAUUAAUAACAAUUACAACACUAUAUCAUCCGGUUCUUACGGAAUAAGUGUCAUAAGCAAGAAAAGCAGCGCCGCCCUCGCUAGCGUUACAAAUACUAACAGACUGCAUAGGUGGAUCAAGGAGAGGAACUGUGGUGCUAGGAAUUACGAACAAGCGAUAGACACAUUCACGAAAUCCUGCGCUGGUUAUAGCGUGGCUACUUUUAUAUUGGGUAUUGGAGACAGACAUCCAGACAAUAUCAUGAUCAAUGAAAAAGGACAGAUAUUUCACAUAGAUUUUGGACAUUUCCUUCACCACGUUAAAAAGAAAUAUGGGAUCAAAAGGGAAAGGGUGCCAUUUGUGCUAACAGAAGAUUUCAUAAGGGUAAUAGCUAAGGGGGCUGAUAAUGCUUCAAGAAGCAAGGAAUUUUUGAAGUUUCAAGAAUUGUGCGGCCAAGCUUACCUUAAGAUCCGUCGACACAAUCAGUUAAUCCUCAAACCUUUCAACCUUAUGCUAGGAGCUGGCAUUCCCGAACUCAAGCACCAGUCAGAUAUCGAUUAUUUGAUCAAAACCAUGGCUCUCCCGGAAAAGAACGAGACAAAAGCUUUGGAUUAUUUUCAGAAGAGACUGGCAGAGGCCUAUGGUGGCGCUUGGACUACCAAACUCGAUUGGUUCUUUCACGGAAUCAGACAUUUUUGAAACCAUAAAAUUUCUUCCUUUUCUUAUAUCACUCGCUCUUUAAUUUCUUAUUGUAAGAAUUUUCAAACCUAAGUUUUAAAAAAUUAAGUUACAAUAAAAAAAUUCAUUUCGAGCACCCAAAGCCAAACACAAUUUUUUAACAUCUUUAAAAUUAUUUUUAUUUUCCCCUAUUUAUAUUUGUACAAAGCACCUAUAACUUCAAAUAAAUUUAACUAACCAGCUACAUCACUAUCAUAGAAAACC